GAUUUUAAAGGAGGAUUUUUUUGCUUCUUUCCUGAGUGAGCUGAGCUUCAGGUUUGAACAGGUAAGUGGCGAAUGUGUUCAGUAGUCUGUAGAGUGUAACAGUAACAACAUCAACAUCAACAGACAACAUUCACCUUACAAGCGUAUUAUCAACUAUAAACAACAAGCAACAUCAAGCAAUAACCAUACAACAACAGGUAAACAGUAAAUCAACAAUCAAGUUCAACCCUACCUACUUACCUACCUCUUGGUUUGUUCAUUUUUUGGUGCCAUUGAUAAAGCGAAGGUUUUUCUUUAUCUCAAUGUGCAACAUUUUACAAUUCAUUGUUCCAUCUUUCCAUUAAUGAUUAAUUUAAGUGACCGGUAAACAAUGGAUAUAUCUGUGUUUUUAUCAUCGUCCAACAAUCCUUGUUCAUUACUGUUUGGGCCAUUAUUUAUUUAACCAUUGCAAUUAACUGCUUGGAUUUUAAUGUGCACUAUUUGGUGACAUUUUUGACUCAUUAGUGUAUAUUGUGUUUUUACAUUGACACAUUUGGAUAUUUCAGUUUGACAAUAAUUUUUCAUCUUUUUUCAUCUUUACGACUUCAGUCGUUUUCAGAUGGUCAACCCAACUUUGGAUUAACCCAUUUUCGUGAUCAUCUUUACUCUGGUCAUUAUUUAUUCACAAUUUGCUCAUUAAGUCAACUCGUUUAAUCAGCUUCAAACCUCAAACCUUUUAGUCAAAAGUCAACCCAAUCUGUCAAUGUGUAUUCAACUCAAUGGAUAACUCAACUAACGGUUCAACAAAUCAUUUGGAUAAAUCAAGAUGAAAAUCAAAAUGAAAUAUCUUUUACAAUUAGGAUUGAUAACAAUUCUCGGAAUUGGAGGGAUUUUGAGCCUUCAAGAACAACAGCGAGAAGUAAUAACAACAAUUAGCCAACAACAUGUUCAAAAUAAACUUCCAAUUCCUAUCGAUGGAUCAGGAGAAGCAGUUCCGAUUCCGAUUCAUACAUCUCAUGAGGAUGUUAUUUCGUUACCAUUAAGAGCACCACCGCCGUUGUUACCACCAUUUCCAACGGAAACCAUCUCGAUACAAGGUUCAGGUAGCUCAGUUGUCUUAACUGAUGAUGAUCUUGAGAGGCUGGAAAAGGAGCGAACGAGAAAUGUUGUCCGUUUGGCGGCGACAGAUCAACUUAAUUCCGAGAUCAUCACAAACCGAACUCGAGCUUAUCUUUCCUGCGAAUCGGGUGAAAUGAUUGUUAAGAUAAACUUCAGUGUUCCUUUUCGAGGAGUUGCUUAUGCCAACUAUGACCGGUCAUCUAAUUGUAAAUUUUACGGUGAUGGAAGCCAAUAUUACGAAAUGAGAAUCCCUCUUAAAGGUUGCGGAACCAAACAGGAGGCACCUCGAUUGUUUAUUAAUAACAUCAUAUUUCGCUUCCAUCGAUCUCUGGAAUUAGAAGAAGAUGAAAUUAAAACCAUAAUUUGUCGUUACCCACCACCUUUAGCACCGCCUCCUGCUGAUCCUUUACCUCCGAUAGUCGAACCUGUUGCUCCUGUUCCUCUAUUGGUUCCUAAUAAGUUAUCAGAAAUAGAGCUUCUUUUAAUAAUCUGUGCCCUUCUCUUUUUGACGCUUCUUCUUCUUGGUGUUGGAUGUGGCUAUUACUGUCUUAAACGUCGUAAUAUUAAAAUUGUUCGUAAAAAGCGGCACUUGACUCCUGCUCCAUCAGAAAUAACCAAAGUUUCGUCUAUAAUUGAUACAAUCAGAAUACCAAGAGUGACUGCUCCGCCAACUGAAUCAAGUGAAACAGAUUAUCCCUCUGAAUCACCAUCUGAUGAUGAUGGCCGAAGAACUAUUGUUUCGGAAACAUCAACCCUACGACAAGAUCGCUAUCGUUUUGAGAACGCUGCUUUUCUCCCGGAACCUUAUCCUCUUGAUAUUGAGCGAGGAGAUUCAGUUUCAUCUUUCCCUGUUCCAGCUAUUUACAGACCAGAGAUUAUCAAGCGUGAUUUGUGUACUACAAUCGUAGAAACAGAAAAUUUGACUGAUGAAGAUGAAUUUACAACAAGAUAUCGAGCCGCUCACACGAAACUGUAUCAAAAACAGCCAACAUACUCAGAUGCUCCCUCAUUGAGGGGAAGUAUUCCCGAUGAUGAUGAUUGGUCUCAUUCUGAAAUAAUUGAAAAAUCACCAACCAAAGCAUAUGUUAAACCAAAAGUUUUAACAACUGAAAAUCUUGAAGAUACAUAUGUUGACAGGAAUGGAAAUACAGAAAUUAUUGAAGACUCAACUCGAAACAAAUUAUCUGUUGUUCCUGCACCUAAAAUAUUGGUUAAAAAUAUUGAUGAUCUUUAUGUGACCAACAUUUCAGAGACUGUUACUACUGAAAGCAUUUUCAAAGAAUCUGGUGGUCGCUCAGUAGAUCAAACUAAGGCAGUGAAAGCAGCAACAAAAUCAACAUCAACAGGUCAACAAAUUCAUAGAAAUCGAAUGACCAGCCAUACCGAUGUUCGCUCAUCACCAGGUUAUCAAGUUGAAAGAACUCGUGAGCUGCUUGAUGUUUAUCAAGACCAAGAAAGUGAAACAUCACGUUUUGAUGAAUCCAAGCGUCAAGUUAACCGAUCUGUAAUAAGAGAUGAUAGAGUUAAUGAUAGAACCGACGAUAGAAUGAAAUCAAGAUUAAGUUCACAGGAAACGACGGCAACAAUGUCAACAGGAACUAAAUCAUUGACUAAACAAUAUAUUGAAGAUGAAAAUAUUUCCAAAAUGUCUGACUCCUAUCAGCAUCGAUCAUCAACUCUUGGUCGAUCUAAAAGCAAUGUGAUAUUGAAUAUUUUGGAAAAUCCUCCGCAGGUUCAGGGGAUUGAACAAUUAUCUUCCAGUGAUCGCACUAAAUGGAGAACCACAGUUGUAACAGAUGAAGUUUUCCGAAGUUUAAUUAUUGAAUCAACUACAGUUGACGAAUAUGUUCGAAUCAGUCGUGAUAUUAGAUAUGAGAAAUUAUUUUCUGCCAAUACUUGGGAAACCAUUGUUCGCAUUUUAACUCACCCCAGUGUGGCAAACUUAUCUCUUGGAACUGAAGAGGAUUUUAAUGCUGAAUGGUCUGAAACAUUGUACAGAAUUAGACCAGAAAGAAAACUUAAAGACCUUACAGGGUCAACUCGUUCAAGUUGGACUGCUGAUUAUGAUUUAAGGUCAAUUACAGAAGAAGAUGUCAAUUUUACUAGACUUCACAAAGAAGCUUCAUCUUGGUCUGAAUCAGGUCAACAAAUUGGUAUUCCACCUCCUCCUCCGCCACCACCGCCACCAACAAUUGCAUCAACAACAACAACGGUGACAACAACCGAUGUGCCAAUAAAAAGUGUUUCAACAUCUAAAAGUUAUCAACAGACCAGAAGCUCUGGUGCUGCAUUAAGUGGAUCGAGAGUUGAAGAAAGAUCUUCAAGAUCUAUGGCUGGUUACUAUUCAGCCUCGUCGUCUUCAAAUAUUAGAUCACACCAACAGCGUUAACUAAAUUAGUUUCAUUUUAAAAUUUUGUUUCCAAAAUUAUCAUCAUUACAAAAUCAUCUUUACCACAAUGAACAUCAUCAUCAUGAAUCAUCUUAAAGUCUUCAAUUUAUUUUCAUCAAGGAAAAAUGUUUAUAUGCACAAAAAGACCAGAAGCUUCUGGAUACCAAUAUCAAGCAAUUGGCAAAACAAAUCAUUGAUGAACUUUGCAGAAUAACUUGUUUUUUCACUUUAAUUAUCCUUAUCACCGUGUUGACACCAACUCAAAUUAAUUUAACAUCCUUCCGAUGCUUUUUGAUUAUUUAUUCUGACAAAAAAAUUUAAUCUCACUCAUUAAAAAUUUUAUAGAAUUGAAAGUUAUCUAUUUUAGGACAUUAAUUUUGAUAAAUUUAUAUGAAAACUUAGUUUUUCUUGAAGUAAAAAAUUCAAGUUCAAAUUAAGUGAAUGUUUCUCAUUAAGAGAUUAAUUUUUUUGUCAGAAAAGUUUCAAUUUGCUCGAACAUUUACCCUUUUCAUUCCCUAAACUAUUAAAUUCAACUCAGUGCUGCCAGUGAUCAAACUAAAAUUGAGUCUGCUCAAUUCUUCAUUCCUUUUUGAUUAUGAUCAACCAAAGUUAAAUUAACUAAUAAUUUUUGUAAUAAAACAAUUAUGUUUACCACAA